UGCUGUUGCAAUAAAUUCACAAGUAGAAGAUAUUUUUCAUAUUCUCAAGUCUAGUGUUUGACUUUGAAGAAUUAACAGCAAAAUUUGCAGCAAUGUCUAGCAAUGGAAAGUCCGAUCAUUCAUAUGAGGUGGAAUGCCCAGCGUGCAAGACCACCAAGUACCGCAACCCUCAGAUGAAACUCAUGGUCAACACGUGUGGUCAUGCCCUUUGUGACAACUGUGUCAGGACGCUCUUUAUUAAAGAGUCGGGGCAAUGUCCGGAGUGUGAAAUGGUGCUGAAGCGCUCCAAGUUCCGGGUACAGGUUUUUGAGGACCCGCUUGUGGAGAAGGAGAUUGAUAUCCGACGGAGGGUGGCGCGAGUGUACAACAAAAUAGAAGAAGACUUCGAGACGCCCGCAGACUACGAUGAUUAUCUCGAGGAGGUUGAACACAUUGUCUACAGUCUCGCCCACGACAUCAACAGGACCGAGACUGAGAAGAAACUCGAGGCUUAUGAACGAUCCCAUAAGGAGGAAAUUAAGAAGAAUUACUUGAGGAAGAGCGCAGCAGACGAGCAGCUGGAGCGCAUCAUCGAGGAGGAGAAGCUGCAGGCGCUGCAGAGGGAGCAGGAGAUAAGGAAGGAAAUGCAGAGAAUAAACGACAUGAACAAGAGCAAUAGAAAUGCUUCGUUGUUGAAGGUGAUUUGCUGUUAUUUUGUGCAGGCGAAGCCGUACGUGUACGAGCCCCCUAUGCUGGCCCCCCACCUGCCUCUACCCGCAUGGGAGGACCUCGCUCCUGCAGGUUACCUGCAACACGUACGACAACCUGGUCCUGCUGCUAGGGCUGGGGGCUACACUGAACAUUAUGCCUGCAUGAGGGCUCUGCAUGACUUCAUGUCGGGUCAUGUCAUACAUGAUCAAGUGGUUAGGUGAUGUUUAAGUCUAUUAAGUAAUGGCUGCCAUGUAUGUCAUAUACAUGAUCAAGUGGUUAGGUGAUGUUUCAGGCUAUUACGUAUUGGCUGUCAUGUUGUCAGGUCA